CGGCGCAUAGUUAUGACGACACAGUGGUGCGGGUGAAACGGUCCAGCGAGUUAAUAGUUGUUUGUAACUACUUGUUCAAAACAUUGCUUUAUUUCCGAAUUGCUGCUAGUUUUGAUAUAUGCCAAAGCAACAGAGGGCAGUAAAAUGUGGAUACUGACGCCCCAGCAGCCUGGAGAUGAGGCCUGCUAUCUCCUCCCGGGUAAAGAGUACGUGGUGGGCCGAAAGAAUUGUGACAUCCUUCUUCCGAGUGACCAGUCUAUCAGCAGGGCUCACGCUCACCUAAGUGCAACAGAGCAGACCCUGACUCUGAAAGACACCUCCAAGUAUGGUACAUUUGUCAACAACCAACAGAUUACAACACCAGUGAACCUGAAAUCAGGGGAUUUAGUGACUUUUGGGGUUUUUCAAAGCAAAUUCAGUGUGGUUCAUCUGCAGCCAGUCGUGUGUUCAUCGUGUUUGGACAACGCAGGCCAAGCAUCGCUCUCUCAGGCCGUGCUAGCUUUGGGUGGUAAGCUGGUCAGCAGCUGGUCUCAGGACUGCACCCACCUGGUUAUGUCUUCUAUUAAAGUCACCAUUAAGACCAUUUCUGCUCUGCUGUGCUGCUGUCCCAUCGUGAAGCCAGAGUUUUUCUCAGAGCUCAGCAGAGCUGUUCAGCAGAAGUUACCGCCUCCUAAAGCCGAGAGCUUCAUUCCUGAGAUCGAUGAGCCCAGCUUGAAUAAAGACAAUGUUAAUCUUGGAGCGGUUCCACUUCGCAAACAGCUUUUCAGUGGACGGACCUUUAUUUUCCUCAGCGCCAAACAGCUGAAGCGCCUUCGUGCGGCAGUGAGUUUUGGAGGUGGCAGGAGUCAGCUGCUGGAGGAGGGCAGCCUGCCCCGUGACCUGCUGGAGUCUCCGUUGAGCUGUGUGGUCGAUUUUACAACAGGUGCCUCCCAAACACUGCUGUCUCCCUCCGCAACAGAGUGGGCAAACUCUGUGAAGAGCAUCGUUGAAAGAAAAGGCCUUCGAGUCAUCACAGAGUCUGAAAUCGGUCUGGCUGCCAUCUAUGCUUCCUGUGAAAAAUACUGCAAUCCCUCAAGCUCAGAUUCAGACUCUGUACCAAAAGUGACACCCAGAAUCCCGAGCGCCUCGCUGUCACAGAGCGUAGCUGUGGAUGAGACCGUGUUACCCGCAGCAUCGCAGAACAUCACGGCGUAUGCAGCGAACACAGAGACAUCACAGAGGAUGCGGGUUUGUGAGGUCACCGGGGUGACAUCGGUAGGGGAGACGCCUGAGAAGAAGCCGCACCAGUACGCCAGUCAGCUCCGUGGAUCCAGCCUCGUGGCUCAGAAAACGACCACUCAGUGUGUUGUGGAUGAAACAGUGAGCUCAUCGUUCACCGCUGCAGCAAACGCAGAGUCACAGAAGAAGAAGUCUGAAUCCAAGCUAGCAGGUGAAGACGGUUUUGACAUCAGACCACAGCCAUCAACUCCUAAGACUAACAGUGGCACCAAGACUUUCCCUCCGAAGCAGUCUCCUCAGAAACCAAAAAUCUCUUCACAAGCUUCUCCGCAGAAACAGUCGACUCUGACCACUUUCUUUCAGCCAGCCAGCAAGAAAAGGCAUUUGGAGGACGAGCCCUCGGCUGUCACGUCAGACCCAAAGCGACCUGCACUAGAAUCAUCCGUCACUGCUCGGGCACCACACACCUCAGCCACGUCUGAGGAAAUCCCCUCACACAGAGGCCGUGCUACUGUGUCCCAGACUCCACUCGGAUCAGGAGCUGAUUUGUUCACAGGACGGUCAGAGGCUCGCUCAGAGGAACCACGGAGUAGAAAGAGGAAGGAGAUGGAAGAUGUGAUACAGAUGGAGGAACUGGAGUCCAUUAUGUCUGAAGAUAUGGACUGCUUUGAUGAGCAACCCUCAAUUAAUAAAGGCCAGCAAGCCAAACAUGAGCACAGUUCAGCUAAACAGAAACAAGUUUUAAAUAGUGCGGAGUUUUCGAGCAAGAGGCAACGGGUCCACCUAGAGAAAAAUGGGAUAACCAAUCAAAGGCCACAGGCGGGCGCAGAGAAAGAAUCGAGUUUGGAGAAGAACAGCCAGCGAUCUGAACAGCACACUGUCCGUAUUAAGACAGAGCCAGCUGACCCAGCUGACUACACGACGGCUAAUCAUGGGUCGAGUAAACCAGAAGAAAUGUCAUCAGCUAGUACAAGUAAAGAUGUGAUUCCUUUUGAAGAAGAUGAUGUGUCCUUCAUUGAGGAUUUAGAACUACUCAAUGCAGAUAUUCCUCAGCCUAAAGAAGAGACUAAAAGCCCUCUGAAACCAGUUGUGAUCAAACAGGAGGUCCAAGAGUCAAAGAUCGAUGAAGACCUUCCAAAGAAGCUGCUGUUGGUGGAGUUUAAAUCUCUCACCGUGGCAGCUCCUCCCAAAGCCAAGCAAAAUCAGACGCAGGGCAACGGCCUCAUAAAGAACUUCAAAUGUUUCCGCAAGAAUCGUGUGCCGGGCUCGGAGGGCUUUCAUCACAUUAUUGGAGGAUCUGAUCUGCUGGUUCACAACCGGGGCAAGAACUCUGAUCUGGAUGAAUGGCUGAAAGAUGCAGCUGAGGAGGAGCAACAGAGCAGGAGGGACGAGACCAUAGGAGAUGAUCUCUUUAGGUACAACCCCACCAAACUAAGCAAGAGAAGAUGAAAUGCCUUCUUUUCAACAUCCUCCAGAAUGGAUUCAUUUCAGAGGUACAGGAAGUAUCAGCCCUGUGUGGAAGGACUCCAGAAAUAACUUCAUGCAUCACUUUAUGUUUGUAAUUCAUUUGUAAUUCAUUGUUUGGCUGCUGUUCCUGUUCUGUUUUUUUUUGUUUGUUUGGUUUUUUUUAGGCUCGUCUAAUUAAGCCACUGACAGCAAGCAAUGUAACCAAAAAAAUAGUCGCAUGUUCAGAGAUUUUUUUUCCACAGUUUUUAUUUGUCAAUAAUAAAAAACAUGGCAUACAAAACAUUAAAAAUGUUUCAGCUGUACAAGAGAGCUUCAAAACUCUACAUGCUAAAAGCAGAUUUUCCUUCUACAGUAGAAACUCCAGAGGGAUUCAAGUGUUACCGUUUCUUAAGCGAUCUCUAGAGAGCCGACCUUGCAGGCACUUUACCAGAUCUGAGACUGUUCAGAUAAAGAGUCCUCAUGCCAAGCAUCUGUUGGCCUUUCUGUGCAGAUAGCUAAAGCUCACCUGCCCCCCACAUAAUCACAGAUAGUGUGGCUUAUAAGUUGAGGGUUAAUUUGGCAUUCAGCAUUAAUUGUGCAAUAACAAAGUCUUUUUUUUUUUUAAAUGGGCUACAGUGUGGCAAAAGUAGUCAGGAGACUGCCUUCAAACACAAUUUGAAAUAACAAUAAGGUAACAUAGCUUAAGUUUUUGAUUCCUAAGUUAUCUUGUGAAAUCUGUACAAGUAUGAACAGAAAAUAUAAAUAAUCUUGUUGCUUUAGAAGCUAUGAUCUGGUGUGUCUUACCUUGAUGUAACAGCCUCAUAUUUUUCUCUUUAAGUAAAGACAGUAAUCUUCAUUUUUGAGUCAUUCAGCCCCCUGUGUCGUCCUUAAAUUCACUCUUCUCGCGUUUCGUAGCACUUUACUGUCUGUUUGCUCAGCAGCUGCUGCUAGGCAAAAGUUCAUGCCUGCAUGCAUAUAUUUAAUAUUUAUAUCAAAACAGUAGUCCAAGUACGUGAAAAUAACUCAAGGUAUAACUCAGGUGGAACACAAGUAUACACAUUUUCACUAGUUAACUGUUAUAUGAGUGUUUAAACAGCACUGCUUUAAUCUAUUCUGUUAGUGGGAAAAGUAAUAUGACUACAUUACAUCUUAUUUAGUAAUGCAUUGCCCCCGACUUAUUUUUGUACUGAAUGGGGGGAAGAAAAAAAAAAAGAUCAAAACUUCACAUUACAUCACAGUAAAGAAAGCAAGAGCUGUGCGUGAGCGGCAAAAAAAUAAUUAUUCAUGCACA